AUGUCUUUCCAUCGUGCCUUCGCCCGAGUCGUCUGCAACUACAACAAGAGUAUAGAAGGCUCCGUCCCCUGGUAUCAAGUGAAGCGUGAGAAGUCGCCAUUCCAACAGGUGUGGGAUGAAGUCUUCACACCAAUUUGGUUCAAGCUUGUCAAGGGACC